GGAAAUAUAAAGUUUUUCCAGAUGGACAAAAUCUGAAUGAGGGUGUAUGAUUUUCACAGCACUGGGGGUUCAUGAGUGUAAUCUUAGUGCUGGGCUGCAGCUGAAAGGCCAUAUGGUGCAUAAAACAUUUUCCAGAGAGUAAAUUAAGUAAUGCAAAUUUUGUCUUCAACUGAAAAUACACAAGCAGUGACACAUAACUCAAACGGUUCUAAGUAAUGGUUCAUAUCGACCUGAUGUGAAAGUUUAGUUUUUGUGGUUGAAACGAUGUUCUUAGAGAUAUUUCUAGUGCACUUGAAGACAAGCAUGCAGCAUCAACCACAAUUAGCAUUCUGAGAGAGCUGAUGCAUAUUACAGAGAUGCUUAUGUUAUGACUGUCUCUUUACAAGUCUCUGAUCAAGGUUCACUUCCUGUGACUACAUCCUGAAAUACUUUUGGGCAAAUCUCAGACUUUAUUUCAACAUCAGCAGCUGGCAGAUAAUGGACAACCAGAACAUUUCCUGUGAUUCCUUUUUUACCUGUAUCUCAGCAGAUGUGCUCGUGUCCAGCACUGUUCUGGGUCUGUGCUGUGUGCUUGGUGUACCCGGUAAUCUAGCUGUGCUGGUCCUGCUUGCUCGUCAUAUAAAAGAAGGAAGCUUCACUCCAAAACUGAUGCUGAGUCUGGCUGUCUCGGAUUUACUUAGUCUGAUUUUUCUGCCGGUGUGGAUCUAUGCCCUUCUGAACGGCUGGGUUUUUGGCCAAGCUCUGUGUAAGUUGUUUUCCUAUGUCGUCUACUGGAGCCUCUACAGUAGUGUGCUUUCUGUUACUUUGUUGAGUGUGCAAAGGUACCUGCAGGUGCUUUAUCCACAGCGAUGGGCGAAGCUUGGACAGAAGGGCCAAAAAGGGCUGAUUUUUGGCAUUUGGACUUUAGGUGGAACUUUGGCUUCUUAUGCUCUUUACUUCAGAAAUGUCAAGUUGAAGAAGGAUGGGCUGCUACACUGUUAUCAGGAUUACACAACUCAUCACGAAAAAGUAAUUUUCUUGCUUUUUGAGAAUCUGGUGAUGUUUGUUUUGCCUCUCUGCAGCCUGUUAAGCUUCUACUUUCAACUUCACCGACGGAUAAAUCAAUCAGCUUCUUUCAGAAGACACAGACUGACAAAACUGGCCAUCAGAAUUGUAGUGACCUUCUUUAUUUUCGGAACUCCCUGCAUGAUCAACAACUUUGUGGAUAUGGCAGUGUCAUGGGAAUCAGAUAUCAGCUAUAAUGUAACCGGGGCUCUUUUCUUCAUCAACAGCUGCGUGAACCCUUUUCUUUAUGCCUUCUCGGCCCGAACUCUGCUUUUCAGACUGGACUCAGACCAGCCCAAUCAGAAUGAAAGUAGCAUGACGCAACAUAAUCAUAAUUAGUAACAGUUAAUGACUAAAUGUGCAUUUAUGACUGUACUGUCUAUAAAAUUACAGUUUUUUUUUUUUUAGAUGUGUGGUUAUGUCAGUUUCUUAUC